AUGGCCAAGUUCCUCCCGCCGUUCUUCCGCCCCCGAGAAAAAGAUGAUGAUGAUAAGAGCGAAGAACGGAAAUAUGACCCCCGGUGCGGCAUGCCCAGAGAGGAGUUUGAAUGGCGACAGUCCCGGGCCGACACGAUGGACAAACGUAUGCCCCAGGUGGUGGAGGACUUGGACGUCUUGCUGCGGAGGCUACGCCCCCACUUCGCCGACGAUCCCGACGCCCUCAAGAAGUGGGAAGAGUAUGAGAAAGAUGUCCGUUAUGCGUUUACGCAUAGCCUCCGUGGCACCCUCAUUUCGCCUGUGUGCAUCCCGAACUCCGUUGCAUGCGAGCAGCUGAUGCAGAGGAAGGCCUGGUCAAGGACCGUUGCUGGCAGGGUAUCUGGGGGGCUGGAAAAGCUUAAACAGGCAGCCACAGUGCCUUCACCAAGGAACAAGAGAACAAUUAGAGUCGGGGCAAUCGUUGCCGGUGUCGCCGCCGCGUUUGCUCUCGGGCUUGCCCUCGGACGAACUCAACUCCAUGGAAGCAGGACCAAUCAAAUGGGAACCUAG